GCCCUCUUGCCCCCCAACCCAAUUUCACCCGUCACCGCUCUUUGUAAGUGCGGCUUCCUGUUUUAACCUCCCAAUGCCGAAGUCGCGGCCGAGGGCCUCCCCUUUUCAAGGACAUGGUUCCUGCCCAAGAAUUGGCAGAUGUUGAUGAAGAAAGAAUGCCUGAUACCAUUGUUAAAUCUGAAUCUGAGGAGGUAAGCAGAGAAAAAAUGAUGACGAGUGAUGCAGCCUGCUCGGUGUCAGCGAAUAACUGUGAGGACAAUGGCUUCUAUGCCGAGUCAUCAUGUGACCCGCAAUAUGUGGAUGAUAACAUGGAUCAGGAUAUUGAUAUUCUUGAUUGCAAUGAUGUUGUUGCUAUUGAUAAGGUUAAAGAUGAAGACCCUGAUGCCCCAGAGUCCUCGAGCUCGUUUGGGGACACGUCCUCAGGGUCUGACCAUGAGUCAAAGCUGAACCAGAGUGAUGUUGAAAUGGACUCAGGGUUUGGUGUGAUGAAUGACAAUCCUGCUGUUUUCGAUGGGUUUCACAAGGUUUUUAAGAAGAAAAAGGUGACUGCUCAUUGGAGAAAAUUUAUCAGCCCUCUAAUGUGGAGGUGCCAGUGGUUAGAAUUGCGGAUAAAGGAACUGCGGUUGCAGGCAUUAAAAUAUGAUAAAGAACUUGGAGCAUACAAGAAUGAAAAAGAGUUGCAGUCAAAAAUGGUUGAGUUGGAUGGUUGUGUGUCUAGAUCAGUGCCUCUGACUGGUAGAAGCCCCCCAAAACAAGUCAUGAAGAGGAGAAAAAGAAAAAGAAAUGAAGAUAUAGCUGACAUAUCGUCAUAUAUGUCAAACCACCAUAUAUUCUCUUACAAUGAAAAUAAGAAAACUGAAACAGAUGGUCGCUCAGUUGAUGAUGAUUAUGGUGAUCGAGCAGAUGAGAAUGUCAGAGGCGCCGAGGAUAAUGAGUGGUUACUUGGCACCAAGGGUCAUGAUAGUUUACUAGAGCAAAUUCUUUUAAACAUCGAAGCUGUUCAGUCCCGAGUUCUCAAGCUGAAGACUUCUCUCAACAAGGUUAUGUGCAGAAAUGCCAUGGGGAUCUCUUCAUCUCCUGGCAAUUUGUUCUCCAGUGGUCUGCCUCCUAGUUAUGCCCAAAGUCAUAUUGGUUCCCCUGAAAAUAAUGGAGAUGGAUUGCCGGUUGGAGCUAUAGGUACUCCACCCCACCUUGUAACUGAAUAUGAGAUGGGAGAUAUGGUGAUGCCCGAAAGUGCAGUCUCUAGCUAUGGAGAUGCUGCUGAUGUGGAUAUUAUUGAAAGCACAAUGGGCCUACUAUCUGCUGUUGAUGGCCCCUUGGAUCAGCAUCAGAUCAGAGACCUGUGCAAAGACAGUGCUGAUGAUGUUCUGAUAGACAACCAAGCUGCAGAGGAAGAGUUUCAGAAAUUUGAGAAGGUCAGUCAUCCAAGAGAGAGACCUCAAGAAUUGGUUAAAGAAGCUGGGUCCCCCUCUGAGGAGGAGAGCAUUGCCCCUAAAGUUUCAACGCCGGAGCCAGGUCCAGAAAUAGAGAAUGUGGAGUUGUCACAACAAACAGUUCUGAAGCCCUGCUGCUCGGGAAAACGCAGAGGGCGAAAGCCCAAGAGGAAGCAGCGAGGGGGUUCUGUAGCUGCUUUGAGUAAUUUGAGGAGUGAGAGGCUUCGGAGACACAGAAUUUUGGGAAGAAAAAGUUAGCCUGUAGAUUUUUUUUUCUUGUGUUCGGCAUUCCAGGUCUUAUUAUCAACAGUCUUGUAAAAGACAUUGGGCAGGUCCUUUUGUUUUCUACUCUUCCCCUGUAAUCCAUUAAGUGCUGAUCUGAGAGUUAAUAGCUUUGUAAAUUGGAUUGACAAGAUUAGAAUUUACUAGAAACUGACUGAAACUCUCGUUUUUGGGGUCCAGAUUUGUAACCAAAUUCAAUGCAGUUACAGAGUACUUAGUAAUUCUUACAGACUAAGAUUUUGGGUUUUAUAGUUGUUUAUAUGGCCAAUGACGGCCCUAUGACCUGAUCAGCCAGCAAUAGCAAAUCUCUUUGA